UAAAAUAAACUUAAGCCCAGUCCCAGUGAGGAGCCCUAAGUAUUCCAACGGCACAGAGUAACAGAGAGAAGUCAGCCGCCGCCGCCGCCGCCAGCUAGCCCACGAUCAACGAUCAAUGGCGGAAACGAAGCGAAAGUCCAUGGGCAACCGUAAGUGGAAGAAUAAGAAGACGAGCAACGAUAAGAGGAAAAAGCCACGCGUAGGCUUACCUUCUGCUAUGCGCAAGGAGCUAAACCGCUUAAACCCUAACCCUAGCGCUGAUAACAGCGAUUUCGACGAAGAUAUUGAUUCUGCCGAGGACGUCUACGAGUACGAAGAAGGAGUUCCGCAGGAGGAGUCCAAAAGAAACCGCCGAUUUGACACCGUUGAGAACCUUGAGUACCAGCUGCCUGAUGAAUUCGAGGAUGAAAAUGUGUCCUCGGAUGAUGAUGAUGAUGAUGGUAAUGAAGGCGAUGCUAAAAGUGAUGACGAUGAAGAGUUUGAUUAUGAAAGGCACGAGAGGAUGUUACAGGAAAUCACAGGAAUGCCAGCGAAGAACAAGAAGAAGAAUGUUGUUAUAUCGGAGCCAUAUCCUGAGUCCGAGUAUAAUCCUAGCCGUGAUGUUUUGGAUGGUGAUGGCCAAAUUAAUAUCGAUGACCUUCUGGACCCACUUCAUGGGAAAUUUGGUUACAGCAAACUUAAAAAAAGAAUGCGUCAAAUCGAGAGAAAAUCAAUGCCUAUCCAUGCUCCUCUUCCAAAAGCCGAACAACGGAGGUUGGACAGGAAGGCAGCAUAUGAACAAUCAAAGAAAGACUUAGUUAAGUGGGAGCCGCUGGUCAAGAGGAAUAGGGAAGCACCAACCAUAUUUUUUGAUAAUGAUACAGACUUGGGCUUCUCUACCGUGGGAGCAAUAGCAUCUGAGUUUGAACCUAGAACUGAGUUUGAAAAGAAAAUUGCUUCUUUGGUUUACGAUGAUGACAUUAUGGAUGCUCAUAGAAAAGAUGGUUCCAAGAUUCUUGAAUUAAACAAGGUAUCUGUUGAAGAUGAAAAGGACAGACAGAAUCAUAUAGCCAAAAUGCGCAGCCUCCUCUUCCGGCAUGAGAUGAAGGCAAAACACAUAAAAAAGAUCAAAUCCAAAACUUAUCAUCGUUUAUUGAAGAAAGAUAGGUUGAAGGUUGCAUCUGCUGAGAAUCUGGAUCCAGAAGCUGCUGAAGAACUUGCAAGAAAGCAUGAGUACAAACGGGCAAAGGAACGCAUGACAUUGAGACACAAAAGCAGCUCCAAGUGGGCAAAACGCAUUAAAGAGCGUGGUUUUGAUAUUCAAGAUGAAGGUACUCGUGCUGCUUUAGCCGAACAGCAGCACCUGCAUUCUCUUUUGACAAGAAAGAUAAAUUCGAUGAAAGACAGCAGCAGCAGCAGCGAGGACAGCAGUGAUGAGGAUGACAUAAAUGAAAUUUCAGCUGGUGCAGAUCAGGGUAGGACAUCCAGAUUAUUAGAAGACGCAAAAGAGAAGACACUUAAAGUUUUAAAUGACGAUGAUGAAGUGCCUAAGUCAGGAUUGCUUUCUUUGCCCUUCAUGGUGCGUGGAAUGCAAAAAAGGAAUGAGGCAGCUGUUGAGGAAGCUAAACUUGCUCUUCAAGAUCUUGAAUCUUUGUCAAAGCAGUUAGAGGGUUCAAGUGAGGCUGAAGAUCCAAAAGUUGGCCCUUCCAGUGGGAGAAUGGUCUUCAGUGCGGGUGGAAAGCAGGUUCCGAAAUCAAGUAAUAGAACUGAAUCAAAUGGCAAGAUCAAAUCAGAUAAAUUUUAUGACAAUAGUGAUAGUGAAGAUGAUUUAGAUGCUGAAGAAAAUAAUGAUCCUGUGAACAGUGAAAGUGAUUAUCUGCAGAAGGAUGUCAAUAUUGACCCUAUUUUACUUAAUGAAGAUUCUAACGAUCAUCAGAGCUCUCUCUUCAAGAGCUUUGAUGAAGUUGUUCAAGACCCUGGUCCAAAGACAACACAUGAAGUUGCUAUUUUUGCAUCAGGCGCAUGGAAAAAGAUGAAAAGCGGAAACAAUGGGGAUGCCACUAACAAAAAGUCUCAUGUUGCUCAGGAACCUGUUCUGCAUGAUCAAGACUUGCAGGAUACUGUGGAGGCAUUGGAAGAAGAUAAUGAUUCAGAUAGUGAUGGUGGCCAUAUGGUGGAUGGGAUUCUUUCUUCAGGUCCCAAGCCAUCUUACGAACUUCCUUCUCAAGAUGAGCUGAUUCGUGAAGCCUUUGCAGCAGAUGAUGUGGAGGAUGAUUUCGAGAAGGAGAAACUGGAGAUUCUGAAUGAGGAAAAUCCGGUACCUGAAAAACCUGUUUUGCUCCCUGGUUGGGGCCAGUGGACUGAUGUACAGAAAAAAAAGGGCUUACCUUCUUGGAUGCUGAAAGAACAUGAAAAUUCCAGGAGGAAGAGGGAGGAAGCACUGAAGAAGAGGAAGGAUGCGGAGCUGAGAAAGGUUAUUAUCUCUGAGAAAUUGGACAAAAAGGCUGAGAAACUCUAUACAAAAACACUACCUUUCCCUUUUACGUCAAAGGAAGUUUUUGAACAGAGCAUCCGCAUGCCCAUUGGUCCUGAAUUUAACCCGGCAACUACAGUUGGAGCUCUUAAUCGCCCUGAAGUGAUGAAGAAACCUGGUGUAAUAAUAAAACCCAUCGAGUACGAGGAUGUGGAUCCUUAUAAAAAAGGAGCCGAUCAGAAGCAAAGUGUACAGAAACAGAAGAAAAAGAAGGGUAAAAGAAAACAAGCAAAUUAAUGGAUGAGCACUGACGGUGAAAAUUAAUUUAAGUUUAGCUAUCUUGGCUGUUGUAUUAUCUAUUUAUGGUUAUAAUUAUAAUUUUUUUUUUUGUUUUUUAAAUUCUUGGAAAAGUGCAAUGGGUAUAAUAAAUCUCAUAAUUUAUAUGAAAAGUAUGCAGAAUUGGACAGAACUGUAUUAAAUAUGACUCGACUAAUCUAAAAAUAAGUAAACAAUUUGGGAGGAAA